CAGUACAUACUGAGACUCUGCAGUCAGUACUGGGGAACAGUGAACUCUGAAUCACAGAUCUGUAGUUUGUUCACAUUGAAACCAGUAACAAAGAGGGUCAGCUGCUGUUGGAGAUGACUGGACUGUCACUGCAGGAACAGAACCAUCCACUCUGGGAACUUUUCUUUGUCCUGAGAACUUGAGAGUUACCGGGGAAGUUUGAUCCAAGAGGCACAAAUAUCAGAGGAUUUCUACCUCGCCUUGGAGUUAGGCCCUCAAAGAGGAUAAAUUGGACAAAAGUGAUAUUUACAACCAAAAUCCAGGAUGAAGAUUCAUCUCUUCUGCUUGGAGUUACUCCUCUUGGCAGGUCACAUCCUUUUGGCCAGUGGGCAGCAGGAGCCAAAGAAACAAGUUCCCCAGGAUGCUAUUACUGUUACCCAAAGACCCGGGCUCGUAGAGAGAGACAUGCAGGGUCCAGUGAGGCCCAACUUCACCAUGCCCCGCCGCCGCCUACCUCCAAUGUGCACUGGACCCACAGAAAUCCGAGACACCUUCAAGUACAUCAAUACAGUGGUGUCCUGCUUGGUGUUUGUUGUGGGUAUUAUUGGUAAUUCCACUCUGUUGAGAAUUAUCUAUAAGAAUAAAUGCAUGCGUAAUGGGCCCAACAUCCUGAUCGCCAGCCUGGCACUUGGUGACCUACUUCACAUCAUCAUCGGCAUUCCCAUUAAUGUUUACAAGCUCCUGGCGGAGGACUGGCCUUUUGGAGUGACUCUGUGCAAGCUGGUGCCGUUUGUCCAAAAAGCCUCAGUGGGGAUCACAGUGUUGAGUCUGUGUGCUUUGAGUAUUGACAGGUAUCGUGCCGUGGCCUCGUGGAGCCGUAUCAAAGGGAUCGGUGUUCCAAAAUGGAUGGCUAUUGAGAUAGCGCUGAUCUGGAUAUUAUCCAUAAUCCUGGCUGUGCCAGAGGCAGUAGCCUUCGACAUGAUCACCAUGGACUACAAAGGAGAACACUUGAGGAUCUGUUUGCUGCACCCCAUGCAGAAAACCGGCUUUAUGAGGUUUUAUAAAUCAGCAAAGGACUGGUGGCUGUUCAGUGUAUAUUUCUGCCUGCCUUUGGCCUGCACUGCUAUUUUCUACACCCUGAUGACCUGUGAGAUGCUGAGGAAGAAAAACGGUGUCCAGAUCGCCCUCAGUGACCACCUCAAGCAGCGAAGGGAGGUGGCCAAGACAGUGUUCUGUCUGGUUCUGGUCUUCGCUCUGUGCUGGCUGCCUCUCCACCUCAGCCGUAUUCUGAAGCUCACCAUCUAUGAUGAGAAAGAUCCAAACCGUUGCGAACUGCUCAGUUUCUUUUUGGUGUUGGACUACAUUGGAAUUAACAUGGCUUCUGUCAACUCCUGCAUAAACCCCAUCGCCCUCUACAUGGUCAGCAAGCGCUUUAAGAGCUGCUUCAGGUCCUGCCUGUGCUGCUGGUGCCUACCGGCAGAGAUGCUGAUGGAUGAGAAGCAGUUGUGUAUGAAGCUGAAAGUCACCGAACGAGCCUCUGACCAGAGCAAUUCCCGCAUGACCAACAAGUCCACUACAGCCUGAGGAGAGGCCUGCAAAUGAGAAGGGAGGAGGUAUGAGGACAAAUAGGUAAUUGUUGAAGGUCAUUCCCAUUCCUGCCUCAUCUUCACCAGAAUAUGACGUCUCCUCCAACGUUUAUCAUGUGGUUUUGGAAAUCAGCCUUCACUGACAUGAAACUCCUUUUAAACUAAAACUUUAAACAUAUACCAUUCAGACCCUUUCCAAGAAGAAAUAAGCAUCUGUGCCCCUCAAAAGCUGUAUUCCUGGAAAACAGGGGUGAGAUUUGUGAAGCGGAGAAACGUGUGAAUAACACCAAGUAUCGACAACUGAGAUGGGAUGGAGCUCAGCACGAUCAUAACAUAAAAAGUGGUGGGGCGGGGGUGGGGGGGUGGACAGCUUGAAAAGACAGCUCAUCAGGCUUGUGGCCUGGAUAGUGAAUGUUACUUUGACUAUCUGUACCUUGCAAUAUGCUCUGCAUUGUAUGGAUUACAUUGGAGAUUAUGCGGAGUGUGAUUUUGGCGUUGCUGCAGUUUGGAACAGUUUGAACAGUCAAUCUAAAGCUCUUGUUUGAGAAUUGUUUGUUUUGUUACACAUUUCCUUUGAUAUGCAUGUUUGUACUGAGCAUUUGCAUACUUUAUCACAUGUUACAUUAGUACUUUUAAAUGUAUUGUCCGUGUCCUUUUCCCACUAGUUACUGAACUACUGAUGUUGUGUGAUUUCAGCUGUUUGACCAUCCAGCUAUUGUAUUAUAAUGUUUAAUUCUGGGCCUGUUGAUGAGGCUUUAUGCGUUUUGUGACUGUACGUGCACCACAUUAUGUUAAUCUAACUCUUUACUCCAAGACCAGACGCAGGAGUUUCUUUUUGCAGUAAAUAAAAUGGUAAAUAUCAUAA